AUGGACGUCGUGCCGCGGGGAUGGGUCAAGGAUGGGAUGGAAUCACAAUUUCCUCCUCUGGAUCGUGCAGCUGUACUAUCAGCAUUGGAGGAAUGUACAGACGCAUUAGCCAUAUACCAGUACACUCUGAAGAAGCCAUCGGUGCAUAUAGGCAUUGAUAUCGAGUGCAUACCACCGGAAGUGAGAUAUUCGAACGUCAUAAGAUGUCAGAUAUUCGGAUCCAAUGCGAACGUGGUUUUGAAAUAUUUAGAGCAGCAUGCAAUAUUUGAGAAACUGCAGCGAGACAGUUUGUAUGUGGAAAGGCUCAUAGCAGAGGCAAAGAAGGGUUUUCAGAAAAGUGGAUUCCUGGAUGAACUGAUUAAGGAAGUUGAAAGUGCAUCGACCAGGAAAAGUGAAGAGGAAACCUUACUAUUGAAAAGUUCAAAACUUGAAGAGGAAUUAUCGAAUCUUCGAAAAACUAGGGAUGAGGAAAUUAAUUCGCAUGAGGUGGAGGAAGAGAGACUCAAAAUUGAACUACUUCAGGUGAAGAAGGAGAUGGAAGAGAUGAUGACGAAGGCAGGUGUGGAGUCUAAAUACAUAAGUGGAUGGGAGGAGACACUAUGCCAGCAAAGCACUCUACGUUCCAGUAUCGUUUUGAGCCAUCUGAAUCUGGCUCUGAGGCACUGCUUUAUCCGCGAGAAAAAUGAACGUCGUGUAACGGAGGAUAUUGAAGCUUUUCUCCAACAGAGCCUGGCUGUUAAUGAAGAGCAGUCGUUAUAUUGGAAAGAGAGACACGUCACAGAGGCGAAGAUGUAUGAGGCACAAGUUCGUCAACUGAGAAACGAGUUAGAAACCAGGCGACGCUCUCUUGAAGAUCUGAAACGACUCUAUGAAAGCAGACAAGCAUGCAUAGACACGUAUCUGGCAGAGAAGGAAGUCAUCCGGAAGAAAAAGGAAGACGAGGAACAUGUUCGAAGAAGUGCAAUCGAGAUUCAAGCUUGGUGGAGAGGCGUUAUGGUGCGCCGGAAACUGGGACCCUAUCGGCCGGAGGACAAGAAGAAGCGCUCAGCCAAGGCGAAAAAAUAA